AUGACACUUGAAAGUCCUAAACAAAGUGAAAUACAGGUGCCAGGAUCUUCGCCUAUCUAUUCUAAGUCGCCCACCAAGAAGUUUGAAGAAAUGCCCAGUAUCAUGGAUGAAAAAGAAAGAUUACUUGAGAUCAAGAGACAAGCUAUCAGAAACCAUAAGAACUUCCCAUUAAUCAGAGAAAAGUUUUAUUAUGUCAGUGAAAGUGAUAUCUUCAAAGGUUUUGUUAAAGGUAAAGGGGAUUUACGUGAAGUUACAAAUUGGUUAAAUACAAAUGUAGGUGAUUUAAGUAGCCAUAAGAUGAAACAGCAACAGCAACUUCAGGAUAAGUUGAAACAGCAGAAAGAAGAUGAAAUGAAAAGGAAGAGAGAGAAUUUCUUGAAAGAACUUGAAGUAGAUUCUGACUCUGAAGAAGAUGGAUCACCGGUGAAAAUCAGAAAUAAGGUCAAAACGAUUGAAGAAUCUCCUAUAAAGCCAUCAAAUUUCUAUAACAAAGAAUCUAUUAGUACUAAAGUUGAAGUCACUAAACCAAAGAUUUCUAUUCUUGAUAAGUAUGGGUACAAAAAGGAAACUGUCAAACCAAAGAAGAAAUUAGUAAGAUUAUCAAGUCUUUCAUCUCCUAUGACAACCACUCCUGAACCUGAAGCACCUGAAGCUGAUUUGGAGAUUUUGGAAUCAAAGAUAAAUUCAAAGAAAUCUGUGGUUUUAGAUUCCGACGAUGAGUUCAGUGAUAUUGACGAAUAUGAAGAAAUCAAUGGAUUGACUUCUAUGGAUGCUCAGAUUUUGACGUUUUUAAAUACUGCCAGUUUACAAGAAAUUGUAGAAAUCAGUAAUUUUAAGCCAGAAACCAUUGAAAAAUUGAUUGAAAUGAGACCUUUUGAUUCUAUUGAUGCUAUCAGUGAAGAACAUUUCGAAAAUUACACCAAAAGACCACGAAAAAUGAAUGGGUUGAAGAUAAUUGAAAACUCAGAAUCAAGUUUGAAAGGUUAUAGAGCUGUAGACUCGUUGGUGAAGAAAUGUAGUGAAAUAGGAUUGGUUAUUUCCAAACAAAUGGAAAAAUGGGGAGUUCAUGUGAAUGGACAUGAAUUAGAAAUGGUGGAGAUCGAAAAUCCCCAAGAUAUUGAAAUCGAUGAAGAAGAUAUCACUACAAAGAAGAAGUCAAACAUUCAUUAUCUCACAUCAGCCCCAGUGAAUUUCUCGGAAAACUUUGAAUUGAAAAAUUAUCAAGUUGUGGGACUUAACUGGCUUAACUUACUUUAUUCUAAUAACUUAUCAUGUAUCUUAGCUGAUGAAAUGGGUCUUGGUAAAACUUGUCAAGUUAUUGCAUUUAUGGCAUAUUUGAAAUCUGUAGGUAAAUCCAAAGGUCCUCAUUUAGUUAUUGUUCCAUCAUCAACUUUGGAAAAUUGGUUAAGAGAAUUUUCUAAAUUUUGUCCCGAUUUGGUAGUUCAAGCCUAUUAUGGAAGUCAAAGCGAAAGAGAAGAAUUAAGGUAUGAAUUAAGAUCAGUCAAAUAUGAUGUCAUGGUCACAACCUACAACUUAGCUUCUGGGUCCAGUCAAGAUUUCAAAUUCUUAGUUAAGAAUAAUUUCGAUAUGAUAAUUUACGAUGAAGGUCAUAUGUUGAAGAAUUCCAACAGUGAUAGAUACAAUAAAUUAAUGAGGUUAGACGGUAAAUUCAGGUUACUUUUGACAGGUACUCCAUUACAAAAUAACUUGAAAGAAUUAAUCUCAUUACUUGCUUUCAUGUUACCUAAAUAUUUCGUCAAUAAGAAAGAAGACUUACAAGUAAUUUUCAACCAAAAAGUUAAGACCACUGACGUCGAUUCUAAUUACAAUCCUUUAUUACAACAACAAGCUAUAUCCAAAGCUAAAACCAUGAUGUCGCCGUUCAUUUUAAGAAGGAAGAAAGAUCAAGUUUUGAAACAUUUACCUCCUAAAAUCCAUAAAAUCGAAUAUUUGCAUCUUUUACCUGCACAAGAGAAAAUCUAUGAUCACUAUUUAAAUCAAGGGAAGCAAAGUAAACAAACAGGUAAGAAAAUGCAAGCAUCUAACAUCAUUAUGUAUUUAAGAAAAGCUGCUAUUCAUCCAUUAUUAUUCCGCGACAUUUUCCACGAUGAUAAGUUGAAAGAAAUGUCGCAUAAGAUUGUUAAUGAACCAGAAUAUGUUGAAGCUAACAAGCAAUACAUUUUCGAAGACAUGCAAGUGAUGUCGGAUUAUGAAUUGAACAAUUUAUGUAUUAAAUUCCCCAAAACAUUAUCAUCAUAUAUUUUCGACGAUGAAAAAUAUCUUGAUAGUAGUAAAGUUACCAAAUUGGUAGAAAUCAUUAACGACAUUAUUGCCAAAAAGGAAAAGAUUCUAGUGUUUUCAUUAUUCACUCAAGUUUUAGAUAUCUUGGAGAAGGUUAUGAGUAUAAAAGGAUUCAAAUUUGUUAGACUUGAUGGUCAAACAACUGUUGAGAACCGUCAAGAUAUUAUUGAUACAUUUUAUGAAGAUAAUACUAUCCCGGUAUUCUUAUUAAGUACUAAAGCAGGAGGGUUUGGAAUUAAUUUGAUUGCUGCCAACAAUGUUGUUAUAUUUGAUCAAUCAUUCAAUCCUCAUGAUGAUAAACAAGCGGAAGAUAGAGCUCAUAGAGUUGGUCAAGAAAAGGAUGUUAAUGUCAUAAAGUUAAUUGUUAAAGGUACAAUAGAAGAAACUAUGUUGAUGGUAGCUCAAAACAAAUUGGCUUUGGAUCAAUCCAUUAGUGAAAGUGAUCUUGAAGCCAAAGCUGGUGAUUUAGUACAGAAACUUCUCUUUGAAGACCAAUCAUAG